AUGAUUGGAUUUCUGUUCGUGAUAGUCGAGGCUGUUAAAGUGUCGGAUAAAAUAGACUUGAAUGCGAAUAAUGAUCGGUUUAAUGUGAAUAACUUUGUUAAUUUUGACCAGGGCUCUGGAGCCGUGGAUCUGAGAAUAAACGAGGCCGAGGGUUGUCAUAAAAAAAUUUUAUGCUCUAAAGAUCCAUUAACAAUAAUCAACGAAAUUCAGCUAGACAUAGUAGACAGCGGUUUAUUAAUAAAUCGAGAUGAAAGUCAAAUAAAUAAUAAAAUUUGUGAUUUAACUGUAAAGUCAAAAAAAGAUCAAUUCGGAAAUUUAAUAACGACAGUGCAAUUUAAAUUGGUAACAAAAAUUAAUAAAGUAAAGGUAAAUGAUGUCCCGAUCAUAAAUGGAUUCCGUGGUCUUAUUAAUAGUAAUAAUGAUAAUAAUCAUGCACCUGAUUCAAUAAACCCACAGAUUCACCAGCGAUACAACACGAAUAAUUUUCAACCUUCACUCGGUGUUCCGAAGAAUUAUUUUUCCCGACCGCAAGCGGACUUUUAUUAUUACAAUAACAAGAAUAAUAAUAAUAAUAAUAAUAAUAAUAAUAAUAACGAUGACGUGGGUAUCAGUCGAAUGUAUCGAGGAGAAUCUUACGGACGGAAACCUUGGAUGACUAGUAGAGAUGCGAUUGAUGAUAAAAUCGAACCACCGCUGAGUAAAACUUCGUUGAAUGACCAGCAGUAA